AUGUCCAACGUCGAUUACGAUGCUUAUGAUGAAGAGGAAGAUUCUUGGGUAAUUUAUAAACUUUCUGAGGUUGCAUUGAAGCUCAUACCUAAAAAGUGCCUUAAGGAGUUAUUUAAAAUGGCUGGAAACGAAGAGGAAUUGGAACCAGAAAUAGGAAAUGUUUACGGUUUUAUAUAUCAUGUGCUAAAUUUCAAAAUCAAAGUGCCCAUCAAAAGAUUUAUAUGGAAGAUCCAAAAAGCUAUGUUCUUUGGUAGAUAUAAGACACAAUGUUGCUUUGAAAGAAUUGAAAAUUCAGAAUUAAUUAAGAGACUCACCAAAGUAAUUAAUCAUGUUGAAUCAUCUUUCAAUAAAUUAGCAUCCAAUUUGAAUUUAAUUAAAGCUCCCCCAACUAAAGAGCCUUGUACUGGGUUUUCAUGUUGUUUCCCAAUUGAAGUUUGGUAUUUAUUAGUCAAGGAUUAUAAUGUGAAUGCUGGUAAUCUUGUGAGAGUAAACAAAGAACUCUGUAACUUCUUUGCCCCAGUUGUCUACAAAUCCAUUCACAUGGAUAUUACCAUUAGUCCAAUUGAUACACUUCAAACAUUUUAUUCUCAUUAUUGCAAUUUUGGCUCAACAUAUUUAUUCCAACCCUCUAGUCCUUUCAAGAUGUACAAAAUGCUUCACGAUAGUCAAAAUUUCCAAUAUGAAUUCAUAGACCUUAUACAUACAAGUUCUUCUAAUGAUAACGCAGAUAAUGUUUCAACAAGAUAUAUUAGAAACUUCAGAGAUGUUAAAAAUGUGUUUGAAAACAUUAUAUCUAAUCCAAACUCAUUGUUUAAAGAUUUCGUUAAAGAAUUAACUACUUCUAUAUGUUUUCUUGAUGGGUUUGACAAGUUUACUAAAGAAGGAUCCAAUUUUGCUGGAACAAUCCAAAGUCUUUCUAACAAGACAAAGCUUAAUGUUCUAGCUAGUGAUUUCAAUUCUUUUGACACUUUUGAGCUUGAUGAAAACUAUGAAUAUUAUAUUCGAAAAGGAAUAGACUUUGAUUUAGAGGAACUUGACUGCUUAGUUAAUGAUUUUACUGUCCCAAGGUUUCCAUACGUCAAAGAAACGCUCCCCGAGAGUGAAUUUUACAGGGAACUAACCCUUCCAGGAAUCGUUCAGGACGAUUUCAAAAAGGAUUCAAAGUAUAGAAGUCAAAUAUUUAAUGCGAACAGCAUGAAAGACCUUGAAAGUUCAAACCCUUUUCAAAGAUGGAAUGAAGAAUUGCAACCGGACACUUGGAAUUAUGAUCGUGAGACUAAAACUCAGCUCAAAGGAGCAGGAUCUAUUAAGUUACAAAAUCGCAGCUUUUUCAGUGAAGUUGAUACACAAAACUUUCUUUCAAACUUUGUUCAUAGUAUUGCAUCUAUGAACGUGAAAAAAACCUCAAAGACGUCUACGUUGAUUUUCGGUUCACAUGACAUUGAAAAUAGUUAUAUGGAUGAUACAGAAGAGGAAAGAGAUCAAAAUAUUCCAUUUUCAAUAACACCACAUAUGAUAAUAAUCAAUGGGAGUUAG